AUGCCAGGAAAUGGAACAUUAGGAGGACCUAAUGAUAGCCAUGCAAAAGUUGAAAUACCGAAAGAAAUGUUAUUGCCAUCAAAUGGUGACUACAUAUCUACAAUAGUUGAUAGUGUCUUCCCAAUGUUCAGGCAGGGCGGCUCCGACUUUCAACAAAUGGAGAAUCGUGUCAUACUUGCGCCAACACUAGAUGUGGUAAAUGCGGUAAAUGAGUAUAUGAGUGAUUUGCAUGUUGCUGAGAGCCAGACAUACCUAAGUUGCGACAGUGUAUGUAAGUCUGACUCAACAAAUGGUAUACUAUAUGAUAUGCACACUCCAGAAUUUCUAAACGGGUUGAAAGCUUCGGGCAUACCCAACCAUUCUUUAACUUUGAAGAUUGGGUCUCCCGUAAUGUUGUUGAGAAAUAUAGAUCACUCAAUGGGACUUUGUAAUGGUACAAGAUUGAUCAUUACUAGGUUAUCUGAUCAUGUUGUAGAAGCAAAGAUUGUCGGAGGCCACAAUGCCGGUAAUGUCGUGUUGAUACCAAGGAUGUCAAUGACUCCAACUGAUACAAGAUUGCCAUUUAAAUUUCAAAGAAGGCAAUUCCCCCUAAUGCUGUCAUAUGCAAUGACUAUCAACAAGAGUCAAGGACAGACUUUAACACAUGUCGGGUUACUACUAAAGAAACCCGUAUUUGUUCAUGGUCAACUAUAUGUGGCUGCUUCAAGGAUUAGUAACCCUUCUGGGUUAAAAAUUCUAAUACCCAAUGAAGGUGGUGAGAGUAGUAACUAUACUACGAAUGUUGUGUACCAUGAAGUUUUUAAUAAUUUGUAA